AUAUGAGCCAAGAUACCUAACAGAGACAGACCUCCUGAUAACUGUCCCACAGACGUGUGAGCUCUUAGAUUCUUGUUUUUUUUCCCCCUAGAUGCUCUGUUUGCAGACUGAUUGAUUUCAGCAAUGAAAAAAAGUUUUAUUCAGAUAUUUGGCUUUUUAAUCUCAUCGCUCGGAUGGGUGUUCGUGCUUUGCACCAUGGCAAUGGACAACUGGAGGAUCGCACAAACAGGAGGACAAGGUGGAUCUUUCAUCAUCAAGGCGGCCUGGUACUGGUCCAACCUGUGGAAGGACUGUUAUACGGAAUCCUCAUCCGUCACAAACUGCAAAGAUUACACAGUUAUCUGGGGUGUCACCUAUUAUGUCCAGGCCGUAAGAGGGCUGCUCAUGUGUGGGUUGACUCUCGGAUUCUUCGCAGUGGUGUGUUGCUUUGUUGGGAUGGAGUGUACAUAUAUUGGUGGUGAAGAUAAAACCAAAGACAAAGUGGUUUUUGCAGGAACAGUGUUUCAUGUUUGUGGUGGUGUGUCAACUCUAGCUGCCUACUGCUUAUACAUCAACAGGGUUGCCAGAACACUUUUUGCUGCCAAGACACGAGGAAAUUUACCAUACGAGUUAGGAGCUCCCAUAUUUCUGGGAUUAGUGGGAUGCUUUUUAAUCAAUUUGGGGGCUGUGCUUUAUGCUGUAACAGUCUCCAGAAUAUUCUGCCCUGGAAGGAGAGAGGUACAAGUCUACAGGGGAGGCACACCUGCCUCCAGAGAAAGAUCGCUGUAUGCCAGAUACUACCACCCCUCCAGGAUGUAUGGAACUUAUGUAGGCUCAGGAAGAUCCAGCAGCAAGAUCUCAAGGCUUUCUCAGACAACAGCAAUAAGUCUUUCAGAAAGAGAUUCAUUUGUGUAGCAUGCAAAUCUAUUGUAUACAUAUAUUCCCAUAA